AUGACUUCAAUUGACAAAGGGAGGUGCGAUUCCACCGUUGACCACUCACUCAAAUUUAUUACUGAUCAUCAUUUCAAUGACACCUUUGCACUACUGGUUGUUUUCCUGAGUUUUAACCACUUUGUCGCUCCUUGCGUACUCGCAGUUUUUGUGCUAACCACUAGAUGUCGAGACUUUCUAGCGACGUGCUUUAUCCGUCUGUUUCUUGCGAAACGACCUUUUGAAGAGCUGAGGCAACAGCGGUUCGGUUCUUUGAGCAGAGCCGCCGUCACAAAAAAGGGCCAGAUAACACCGAGCGCUACUGCUGGAAGAUUUGCCGUUUUUUCAACGGUCAGCCUUUUGGCUUUGGAGAUCGGCAUAGCAGCCCUGCUAAAAUUGCGUGGAAAUCAGUAUUUUACACGUCCGUUAGAGAACCUGGCCAUGUCAAUUGUGGCUUCCUCUCUCAUUAACGAUCCAAAAGACUGCUUAAGUUAUGCUACAUCCUGCUCCAUACUGUAUGGCCUGAUUUCUAGUUUCAGUCAGAAAUUUGCCGACUUUUCUAAUUUUCAGCUGACAUUGGACUCACUCCUCGGGAGUGGCUUUCUUUACGGGCAAUUAGACUUGACCAGGAGUCAUUUGUGGUUUUCGAAAGUUGCAGUGGAGUUUACCCGUUGGGCACCUUAUUUUAGGAAGUAUUUCGGCGUUUUGCGCUAUUUCGUGUCGUUCCACAUUGUGGUUUUCCAAUUUUAUCGGAACAUGACCACACCUUUUCCUAGCACACGUCCUUCUGAAGAAAAUACCUUUCAGCCUGCACCGCCAGGGGUUAGCCCUUUUCCAAACAGUGUGGCUUCAACUCCGGGGCCAACAGCAUCUGCCAUGAUCAAUUCAUCUUCAGGGGUCCAAAUCAGUACGACUAACUCAGGGUCAAGUUCCCUGACUUCAAAUCUACCAACUAUCAUUCAGAAGCCUCAAUUCUCAAAAUAUGUGACAGAACAUAAUCUCUCGGAGCUACCCAUAACAUCUCCCUCACAGAGCAAUUCUCAAACCAUUUCCACAAACCUGACGAUGUCAAAUAACGGCGAAAUGAAGACGCACGCUAAUUACACCAAUCAAUUUUUUGAGGCAGAAGUUAACCUCCCAGAUGAAUAUGACGAACCAAAUCCCGACUACUUUUACAUAUCCACAUGGAACCUCGAAAACUUCAUUCUGCAAUUAUUCAAAUUCAACAACCACCAUUUGAUUCCACCUCUCUGGUCAAUUUUCGCUACAAUCAAAACCAUGAGUUUUGAAAGGAAACAGGUCAAGCACCGAAAAGGUUUGGAAACCAAGCCACGAGAACCCAAUGCACAACUGAAUCAUUUAGUCGCUUCAGGUGACGCCUUGAACUCGAGUGUUUUCAAUGGGUCUCGUUCGACGGAUUGCAUGGCAUUGAUUGCGCCCUUUGCUGACGACUACAAUGACCUUCAUCUGAUUCCAAUCAACCAAAAAGAGAACUCUUAUCAAGUUUGUGUCAACACCAUUGGCUCCACCCAAAUCACCUUCCACAUCAGGAAUUUAUUUGAAGGGGAGCUUCUGGUGCUCGUAAACGGAGUCAUAUGGACACAGGUUUCGUCAGCGAUUGUCUCCGAGAAAUCAGGCGAGGAGUAUACUGUUGUCAGCGGCUUGGUGCCAAGUUGUUCCUACGACAUUCAAUUUGUUAAUAGGUUCGCCAGGGGAGAAGAUUUUUUGAUAGCGGAUCUCAUGGUCCGCACGAGUCCCAAGAAAGGAGAAGUCAAGGAGCCACUCGAUUUUAGUUUCCCAUCGUAUUACCACCGGAAAUUUUUGUCACCUCUUUUGACCCUCAAACAUUCAGUUUUGACUACUAACACUAAUCUUGCUGAGAAGCGCGCCAAAUUGAAAAAGACUAAGAAAGAAAUCUCCAAAAAACUAAGUUCUUUGAGGCAAGAAAUUGACCAUUUAAAGGCUAAGAUCUCUCAAAACGCCAACCAAGAUGAGAAGAGCGCAUUCAAAAUGGAUAAUUUGAAGACGGUUCUGCAACAAAGUGAAGCUAAUUUAUGCAAGCUCGAGGACGAACUGAAAGCUCUUACAAGUCAACAAUUAUGCUUGGAAAAAGAGUAUUUGAAGUGUAAGGAUAAACAUUUGCGAAAACAGAUGGAGUACGGAAAGCUGCGCGCUACUUUGGAACAGGAAUCGAAGAGUUAUGAUGAACAGCUUUACAAACUUCAGCUGGAGCUCAACCAGCUGACUUCCAAGAAAGAAAAAACUGGCGCCAAGCGCGAAAAGUUGAAAAAAGAGGUAGCUCAACAAGAAGAAGGUCUUGACAAUCUGAAGGAGAGUUUUCUCACUAAACGCGAAGAGGAAAGAAAAGCUAGACAGGAGCAGCGGGCCAUUGAACUGAAUGACUAUGAGUUGAAGGUGAAGGGCCUGGAGCAGGAUAUUAGUCGCAUUGAGGGCGAGAAUGACGCGAUGCGUUCAGUGCUUCCCGCAUUUUGA